AUGAUCACAUGGGCGGCUGUAUUACUCCUUCAAGGUGUUGAAGACGGCAUGACUCACCAAGAUGAUUUAUACCUCAUCCAAGCACAUCUCCAACGCCUAGAACGAAGAAACCAGUCCGCUGCAAACAUUCAUACCGUUCUAUUCCGCCGACUCGAGUCCAGCAUGCAAGCCAUGCACACUCCGCCAGACACAAGCGAGGCAGUAGCGUUCCCAGUCCCAAACACAGGUGUCUCAUGGACUAUAUUCGAUCAAGAGAUAAUGUCUCUUGCAAAUCCGCCAUGGUUAUUUGACGAAUCGACGCAGCUGCCACAGAUCCAAAAGACCUCUGCAGUACACCAGUCACAGUCUGAACUCCCAUCUUUCCAGUACGACUCUGCCAUUCUAGCAUCCACAUCCCCACACUUUGCAACGCAUACAUAG